CAUGGUGUCUAACUGUCAAAAACUUUUGUAUACAUGUGCGUUUGGACACAUUGCUUUUUUUCCCUAUAUGAAGUGAUUUGCAAAGUGCAAUAAUUUAAUCCGAGCAAUAGAUUUGUAAUUGAUUCCGGUUGAAUUCGAUUUUUGUGUUCUGUGAAAGCAGAAAAAGAACGGUGUCAAUAAUGACGGUUGAGGCAAAAAAACAAGGCCUGUGUAAAAUACACAAUGCACGAUUCUAUAACUUACCACCGCGUGCAAUCAAUGGCAUGGCUUACAACUCAGAAAUGAAUUGGUUGGCAUUGACCAGAGAUGAUGCAUCGAUUGAAAUCUGGAACAUUCAACAUGCACCGUAUUUACAAUUAACGAUAGCUGGUUCGGCGAUUGCAUCGAUCGAAGCGAUAUCAUGGUGUGGAAAUCGUUUAUUCAGCACCGGAUUAACGGGUGAAUUGAUUGAAUAUGAUUUGCGGACACAGCAACCGAAGCAUAGAUUACUGUUGACUGGAAAUGCUGCAUGGUGUAUGGACAUUAAUCGACAAAAUACCCAUUUAAUUGCCGGCACCGAUAGCGGUUUUUUGAAUUUGUACGAUGUUAGCUAUGAGAAUGAAGUGAAUUUUGUAAAAAUAUUUGAUAAACAAGAUGGCAAAAUUUUAUGCUGUAAAUUUGAUCCGAGUGGUGAAUUUGUGGCCACCGGAUCGGCCGAUGCGAUACGAUUGUGGGAAUUGAAAACGGGACAUGCCAUUUAUAAAAUGUCGGUGGGCCGUAGUGAAGCAAAGAAAGAAACAAUUGUUUGGAGUUUACAAGUAUUAAAGGAUUUAGUGAUUAUUGCCGGCGAUUCAAGGGGAUAUGUCACCGUUUGGGAUGGUAAAUUAGGUGCACAAAUUGAUAAUUUUCAAGCGACCAGCGUUGGAGAUGUUUUAUCGGUGGCGAUCAAUGAAGAUGAAACGAUAUUUGCGUGCGCCGGUGUGAAUCCAAAAAUUCGCUUGUUCGCAUUGACAGAAGUGAAGCGAGGCGAAACAGUUACAAAGAGUUGGGUGAAAUUCAUUCAGCGUCCAGUUCAUGAGCAUGAUGUUAAAGCAUUGCAAUUUGUUGGAAAUCGCAUUUUCUCCGGUGGCGUUGAUGGAUAUUUGGGACUGUCAAAUUCAUCGAAAAUUAAGGGAACACAAAUAAUCAGCCGAUAUGGACCAUUUUUGGAGUCACCGUCAUCCGUUUUGGCAGCAGAAAAACGAGUCUUACUGCUAAAAUAUCCAAACUAUUUGGAACUUUGGCGUUUGGGCGUACCCACUGCCAACGUUCAACUUGUCGAUGAUGAAGCAGAAAAGAGGAAAUAUUUAACAUUGCAAGAGAAUCUACAUAAAUUGGUUGAGCUACGAACAGUCGAUGAUGCUCUGAUUGUAUGCACAACAAUAUCACCAAAUGGGGAGUUUCUCUUGUAUUCAACUAACGAAACUAUUCGAUUGUUUCAUUUGACCUAUGAGAAAAACAAAGUCAGCCUCAUUGAUCGAAUGAAAGAUCUGCCAGAACAGUUCACAGCAUGUCGUAAGAGUGUAUUUUCAUCAGAUUCACAAACGAUUUACUUGGCAAAAGCGAAUCUAACGGUUGAUGUAUUCCGAUUGCUUAUAAGUGAAGAUGCCAUUGAUAUCGACUUUGAGAGUUCGAUUGAUUUCAACAAAACGCUCAAAGGACCGAUAUCACAUAUGAUUUUAUCAGAUUGUGGCAAUUACUUGGUGUGUGCGGAUAUUUGUUGUAAUAUCACCGUGUGGCGUCAAAACAAACGGAAUUGGUCACAUCAUAUUAAUUUACCAAAGUAUCAUGUAUCACCAGUCAGCAUUGCCAUACACAAAAAUUCACCAAAAUUAGUGGCAGCGUUUGCCGACGGCAAAAUAUUUGAAUAUCAUUUGGAGGAAAUGAAAUUUUUGUGUGCCACAACAACACUGUUUGUAGAUGGUCAGGAUCGAUUUGCUAUCAAAAACAUUGCACCCGAUCCAAAAAAUGAAAACAUCUUCACCGUACACAAUGACACACAUUUGUUUGUUUUAAAGAAACAAGUGACACGGACGAACGAAAAAAGUGAUUCCAAACGAGCCAGAGCGUCAGGUGACGAUGACGAGGAAAAUGUGGCGAAUUUAGUUUGUACAAGUCGCUUCGAUAAUGAGCAUCUGCUCAAUAUCAGCUGGCUAGGCGAUUCAGAAUUGGUAGCUGUUGGAGUGAAUCCGAUCACAAUGAUUGCUCAAUUGCCGUCAUCGCUAAAAGAAAAACGUUUUGGUGUAUCAUAAUUCAAAUUCUAUUUUUAUUCUUUAUUCUAAGUUAGUUAUGACUCUUAGGUCCAAUAAAACAAGUUUGUAUGAAAAAUUGUGGAAA